AACAUUGCUCGAACAGUACAGUACAGAAUACCAGGACUCAGAGGGAGGAACUGCAGAUGUCUGUUUUUCUACUUUUUGUUCGCCUGUUUUUAUUUUUCUACAUGUACGCCAUGACAAUGGUCUCCCAUAUGAUGAAACUUCUUAGGAUAAUUGCACAUUUUGUCCUGCCGGCAUCCUGGUUGAAGUCAACAAGAGAUAUUGUCCAGGAGGCUUUGGCCAAGUACAAUGCUGAUCGUCUUGGUCUGGCUGACUAUGCCCUGGAGUCAGUCGGUGGAUCAGUACUGUGUAGCAGUGAAACUUACUUUGCCAAGUCUGGUGCUAUGUACAGUGUGUUCGGCAUUCCAUUGUGGUAUCAUUCAUCAAAUCCAAGGGAAGUUAUUCAACCUGAUGUGCAACCAGGCAAAUGCUGGGCUAUGGAUGGCACCCAUGGUUACGUUAUGAUUCAGCUGGCCAUGCCAAUUAUGGUUAGUGCAAUCAGCCUUGAACACAUCCCCAAGGAGGUAGCUCCUUCAGGUCGCCUGGAUUCUGCACCAAAGGAUUUUUUGAUAAUAGGCAAAGAGAGGACGACAGACUCCCCAGAUGUUGUUCUAGGCAGAUUCACGUACCAUAUUGACAGGGAACCCAUCCAGGUGUUUGAUAUCAAGGACCCUUACUGCCAGAUGAAAUCAAAUGGCAAUGACUGUCCCAUCAACAGCAAAGUGUUCUUCAUUAUCACCCUCAAGAUCCUCAACAACCAUGGCAACCCAGACUUCACUUGCAUCUACAGGCUCCGUGUCCACGGCCAACCAAUCAAUACAGUACCCAUGGAUUAG